CCGAGCUUUUUUUUUGUCAUGAACAAAGUCUUGUGUAAUGCAUAACUCAGUCCUUUUAUACUAUCUGAACGAGCUUCAUUUCAAUCUUAAGGAUUAUCUUUAACUUUUUUUUACUUGUUCAUCAAUAGAAAUAGACGAGAACAAUUGAGUCCAUGGUACUUGAGCCAUUGUGUAUAUUCUUCACUUCCCAGUAACACUUUCACACGAGAACUUUGGGAAAUUAAGUAUAGUGUUGGACGAUCAAAUUGAAUAUUCAGAAAUGAUAAAAAAUGCACGUCAAAAGGCACCUAACUCAUUCUUACUGUUUUGUGCAAAAAGAAGGCAUGAAUCAAAAAUAAGAGGACAGUAUAUAACUAGUAAUCAAUUAUCAGAAGAAUGGAAAUUGAUGUCAAAGGAGCAAAAAGCAGAGUUUAAGAAUCAAUCGCAAUGCAUACAGUUUACGUUAGAUAUAGAUAGUAGAAUCAAUAGUAAUAGAAAACUAAACAUAUCAAACAUAUUAUCGCCUUCUUCAAUGGUUAUUCCGAACGAAGAAGAACAUCAUCCAUCCACCAAACAUCAUCAUUCAUUAUAUAAUCAUUAUCUUCCAAGCAUGUAUCAACAACAAGAAGAGAGAGAAAAGAAGGAUGUCCGAUACAAGAUUAUUCCUAAUUUAACAUUUUCUGCUGCAGCUGAGGCGGCUGCUCUAGAUUCACUCACGUUCAACACAAAUGAUAUCAAACCCAGCUUGAGCACACAAAGAAAGUACGGUACUGCUCCCGAAAAAGUCAAACGUCCGCCCAAUGCGUAUCUCUUGUUUAAUAGAGACAUGCGACGCAAGUUGAAGGGUUAUAACCAGGGCUUGUCUUCGGGUGAGAUUAGUAAAAACAUCAGUCAAAGAUGGAAGCAGUUGUCACAGGCUGAAAGAGACGUUUACUUUAAAGAAGAGUCUCGGUUGAAGCAACAGCACAGUAAUGAGCAUUCCAACUUUAUAUAUUGUAGAAGAUCCAAGGCUGAACUAAAGCAAGCCGGCCUAUUAAAAAAACUCCAAAAAUGCAACAAGACUCAACAACAACAACAACAACAACAACAGGAUUGUCAACGAAAGAAAAGUUACUACAAGAAAAAAUCCUCAUUAAGUGAGGGCGGUAUUCCAGAUCCAAGAGGCAGGAAAAAGAGGGAGCCCAACGACUGUCUACCGAAACACCCAAUGUCAGCAUAUCUGCAUUUUGCAAAAAAGAUGCGGCCGAUCAUAAAAAUGAAGUAUCCAGACGCAAAGCUAGUUGACAUUAGCAAACAGAUAGGCUUAAAGUGGAGGUCGAUGUCUCCAGCUGAGCUACAGCCAUGGAUUGAAAUAGCAAAUCAAGAUAAAGCAAGGUAUGCUCGAGAAAUGAAGGCUCGAUUAGAUAAUCAAUCAAGUGUCAUGGCAAUCGCAUCACCCACUGAAGAACUGGAUAGUGAAACUAUAGCUACUGUCGCUCAAAUGGUAAAUCCAGAUCAUGCUAUUCAUAGUUAAUAUGUGGUUUAACAAUAAUUAUCGCAAUAUUUAUUUGUACAUUUUUUGUUAUUUUAUAUAUAAAGGGAAUGAGCAUAAAAAGAAUGAUAAGGAGUGAGAGGAAAAAAAG